AUAUAUAUGUGAAAACAAAGAACAGAAAUCCCCUGCCGAAUCCGUUCACCACUCCACACCCUGACACCCAAACCUUUUUGCUUCCUUCUCCUCCUUUGGUUUUGCUUAUGGGAAAAUAGGCAUUGUCUCACCGUUGCCCUCCCUGUUCCUCCUCCGGGAAACAUAGAUUUCCCCUGAAACUUUACGAAGAAACGGAGAUUACAGACGUCGGGUCUAACGAUUUUUUAGCUAAAACAAGAAUUUUUGGGUAUUUCUUCAUCAUUUGAAACUUUUCCGGGAAUCUUACGGCGUUUCUGAUUCUGAAAACUUCUGGGGUUGCGGCGGUCAAGUUCGGAGAUGUCUCAGAUUCGAGAAACGAGUCAGGACCCCUUCAAAGCCUGCAAGAUUCUGGUGUUUUCGUCGGAGAAACCAGCAGGUAUUCCGGCGCUGUUGAUCAGGGCGGCCGUACUGAUUCUCCUCGUCACCACCCUCUCGCUUGUCUUCUUCGCUUUCUCCGGCCAAACGCGGUUGUUCAGCUGCCCGCAAUGCGGCCGUUCUCCCGUAGAUUCCGAGUUAUCCUGUGAAACCCUCGCCGGAGAUUUCGCUCCCACCAACAUUUCCCACAUUCUUUUCGGCAUCGGAGGGUCCGUCAACACGUGGCCGGACCGCCGCCGCUACAGCGAGCUCUGGUGGCGGCCCGACACGACCCGUGGGUUCGUGUGGCUCGACGGCGAUCCCGGACCCAACCUCUCACGGUCCGAUAACACGCCUCCGUACCGGGUCUCGGAGGACUGGAGCGGGUUCAAGUACUCCAGCUCGCGGUCAUCGGUUCGGAUCGCCCGGAUCGUACUGGAGAGCUUCCGGCUCGGGUUACCCGACGUGAGAUGGUUCGUGAUGGGGGACGACGACACGGUGUUCUUCACCGAGAACUUGGUUUCGGUGCUAGCGAAGUACGAUCACCGUGAGAUGUACUACGUCGGCGGUAGCUCGGAGAGCGUAGAGCAAGACGUGAUGCACUCGUACGGCAUGGCUUUCGGCGGCGGGGGGUUCGCCAUCAGUUACCCUCUGGCGGCCCGGCUCGCGAUGGUACUGGACGGUUGCAUUGACCGGUACUACAAAUUCUACGGCUCUGAUCAGAGGGUCUGGGCGUGCAUGAGCGAGAUCGGUGUGCCGCUCACACGGGAACGCGGCUUCCAUCAGAUUGAUAUAAGGGGAGAUCCUUACGGAUUUCUGGCAGCACACCCGGUGGCGCCGCUGGUGUCCCUCCACCACCUUGACUACGUGUGGCCGUUGUUUCCCAACCAAACCCAGUUGGAGUCGGUCAGCAGGCUGGUCCAUGCGUACCGGGUCGACCCGCCCCGAAUAGUACAACAGAGUUUCUGCUACGACCGGAGGCAUAACUGGACGGUGUCCGUGUCGUGGGGUUACACCGCCCAGAUAUACCCGUCGCUGGUGACGGCCAUCGACUUGGAGAGGCCACUGCAGACGUUCCAGACGUGGCGGAGCUGGGACAGCGGCCCGUUCUUGUUUAAUACCCGACCCGUGAAGGCCGACCCGUGUGAACAACCUGUUGUAUAUUUGCUGGAGAGGGUGGUGGAGGCAGGGAAGAAGGGAGGGAAGAGCCUGAGCAGUUACAAAAGGGUUGGGGUGGGGAAGGAAUGUGGGCGAGCAGAGCAUGCGCAUGCACUUGCUGUGAACAGAGUCGUGGUCUCUGCAGAGAAGAUGGAUCCUGAGUUCUGGAAGAAGGCGCCCCGGAGACAGUGCUGUGAGAUGAUGGAGAGGGGCAUGAAGAGCAGUGCUCUGCGGGUAAGGAUACGAGGCUGCAAAUCCUGGGAAACUAUCACUGCUCCCUAAUUUAGUACUAUUAAUGCCUUAUCCUCUGUAAAUAUUCAUCGUUUACUUAUAAUAAGAGAAUUUUAGAAUUAGAAAAUA